CACAGUGAAAAACUCAGUAUGUUUCCACUUAUCCGUCGAUAUGAACUACAUAGUACUAUCGUUACUCGUGCUUAGCCCAAUCAAAAGCGUCAUAUCCGGAAACAUAUUUGAAGCGGUCAAGGAUCAAAACCUACCACUGAAACAGAAUGACGCUACAGUCAACAAUUUCACUCAAGUGACAAGAAAACUUGGCUAUGAAACAACCGUAUUCGAGGUCACCACGGAAGAUGGGUACAUCUCUAAAAUGUUCAGGAUGCACAACCCGAAUUGCACCGAAAUCAAGAAGAAACCAAUCAUGUUGAUUCAUGGACUGUUGGAGAGUGCAGAUGCUUAUCUGGACCUUGGACCUGGAGCCGGCCUGGGGUAUCUCACGUCUGAUGCCUGUUACGACGUCUGGUUCCCGAACAUCAGAGGAAACUACUACGCGAGAGCUCACAAGACUUUAAACCCGGACACAGACAGGGAAUUCUGGCGUUUCUACGGUCAAGAGAUGGCUGUCUACGAUAUACCGGCUUUCAUCGACUUUGUUCUUGACAAAACGGGGCAGAAACAACUGAAUCUAGUCACGUUUUCACUCAGUGGAGGCCUUUUCUUUAUGACCACUUCCGAUAAGCCGGAAUACAAUGACAAGGUGAGCCUGUAUAUACCAUUGGCUCCAGCUACUAGACUCAAGCAUUCCAAGUCCACACUUCUCCGUCUACUCGCUACAGGUGGAUCGAUUGUGGAUACUCUGAAGCCAGUCACGAGAUUGGGCGAAGAAAUCCUGUACAGAGGAUCAGGUGUACAAUCCCUUAUGGAGCUGCUAUGUUCUCUGCCGAACGUUUUGAAGGGUCCCCAAACAGUUUGCAGUGGCUUCAUUGGUCUUCUGGACUCUUUCCACCCAGGUUCUAUAUCUGCGGAGACAGACAGCAGAGUUUACUUCCAUUUCCCGGCUGGGACCUCUCUGAAGACACUAUCUUGGCUGGGCCAGCUCAUCGAGAAAAAAACUUACCAGAAGUUCGACUAUGGAGCUAAGAAGAAUAUGGAGCUUUAUCAAUGCGAGACCGCGCCGCAUUAUGACGUGUCUAAAAUGACAGUGCCUACCGUCACGUUCCACGGGAAGCAUGACCAUCUGGUGGACUCCAGGGAUAUGAAGUGGCUGCUUCACCAGAUGCCGAAUGUUUUGGAGUACAUAGUGGUGGAUGAUCCGUUGUGGAACCACUUGGAUAUGGUGCACGGAUCAGAUGCACCGAAGUUGGUAUAUGCGAAGAUUAUGGAUUAUUUGAAGAAAUACGAGUAGGUAACUAUAUACCACUUGCCGUUAAAGUUCCAUAAUAAUUGUCACCGGAACUUUUUCAUUGCUCGAGAUUAUACAAUCAGUUUAUAUUCUUGACAAUAAUGUAUAAAUCUUCCUUGAGCUUUUGUUUUAUACCGUUGUAUUCACUAAGUACCUAGAAGUAGUAUGCUAUGCCAAUAAAAUACUAUGUUACGUACUCGAAUGUUAAAAUCAAUACCUAUCUGUUUUCAUAGACACGUGUAAGUUUGAAGGCACAGCUGAAUAAACUCAUUAAUAUUAGCAGAACAUGA